AUGGAAUACGAGAACCGCGACUACGAAGACGAGCCUCAGUACCCUCGUGAGCGCUCGCGCUCUCCUCGCCCCGACCGUGACGGCGACAGCAGACUCCGCAGCGCCUCCCCUGCCGCUGUCCGUGAUGACCGCACCGCUCAACAGAUCCGUGAGGAUGAAGAAGAGGCCGCCAACCCUGGCUCCAACUUGUUCGUCACCGGUAUCCACCCUCGUCUGACCGAGGAGGAGGUCCGCCGCCUCUUCGAGAAGUACGGUGAUGUCGACACUUGCAGCAUCAUGCGCGACCCUCACACCCGUGAAUCGCGUGGCUUCGGUUUCGUCAACAUGGUCACUGGCGAGCAAGCCGACGCUGCCAAGUCUGGUCUUCAGGGCGAGGUCUACGAGGGCCGCACUCUGAGCAUUGAGAAGGCUCGUCGCUCCAGACCCAGAACUCCUACCCCCGGCAAGUACUUCGGUCCCCCCAAGAGAAGUAAGAUCACCAUGCCAUCAUCAAACACACCAACCAACCAACUGACUUCGUCCCCAGCUGACGACCGCCGCCCUCCUGGCCGCUUCGGUGGUGGCGACCGCUACAACGAUCGUCGCGGUGGUGGCAGACGCGAAGACUACGGCGGCAGAUCUGGCGGACGCUACGGCGGCGGCGAUGAUCGCUACGGUGGUGGUGACCGCUACGGCGGUGGCGGUCGCGACUACGAUCGCUACGAGGACCGCGGCUCCUACAGCCGUCGCGAUCGUGACGACUACGGCGGUGGCUCCCGCAGCUACGGCGGUGGCCGCGAAGACCGCUACGCUGGACGUGGUGGUGCCUCUGGCGGUGACGAUGACAGACGCGGAGGAUAUGGCUACGAUCGUGGCAGUGCCCGCGCUGAUGCUCCUUCUAGCUACGCUGACCCUGCCGCUCCCGCUGCCGAUGCUGCUGCCUCUGGUGGCCGUCGUGCUUAUGGCGAGGAGCGCGGUGCUGACAGAUACGAACGCCGUUGA